GGAGAAGGAGCCGGUGGCGGUGGCGGCGGCGACCGGAGGUGCGCGCAGGCAGGGCGAGGCGGGGGCGCAGCGGAAGAGAGCGCGUGCCCAGCGGAGGCGACCGGCAACGGGGUCGGCGAGCUGAAGGUCGACAUCCAUCCUCACGCGUCCACAGCGGUACGGCCUUCAGUCCUCCAAGCAUUGAGGUAGCGGGUGGAGGGCGUUGGAUUACAGACCAAGUGAGCAUCAGAGCGAGGUAUAGGCGUACAGCCCCCAUGUAUUUGCAUAAUCGAUCUGAUUGCUUGCUCCUUUGUUCUAGCGGGCGGAGGGCGUUGGAUUACAGACCAAGUGAGCAUCAGAGCGAGCUGAAGAUGGCCUGGAGAAGGGCAAGAAAGCGCCAGCGCAAGUUGCAGCAGUUCCACGCCCACCAUGAACUUCUGACCAUGACAACCAUUGUUCAAAUUAUUGAAGAAGAAGAAGAAGAACGUCCUCGUCGCGGCUGUAUAGUUGGCAGGAAAAUGGUGCCCAGGGACAGGUUCAGAGGCUAUUGGAGGUUGAUGCAAGAUUAUUUCCUCGAUCCUCCUGUCUUCGGCGAUAAUCACUUCCGUCGCCGCUUUCGAAUGUGCAAAGCUAUGUUUAUUGACAUUUGUCAUGCUGUUGCGGCGCGGAAUGACUACUUCAAGAGGAAACCCAAUGCCGCAGGUCUGCCGGGGUUCACCACGGUACAGAAGGUAAUCGUUGCCUUGCGUUUGCUUGCAUAUGGAGGGUGUGCGGACCGCCUUGUUGAGUACAUUCGUAUGGGGAGACCACCAUCCUUGAGAGCCUGGAUCACUUCACUAGGACUGUGAUUGAUCUCUAUGGACAGUCGUAUCUUAGACCACCCAAUGCUGAAGACAUUGCUAGGCUCCUUCGGAAAGCAGAAGAAAGAGGAUUUCCCGACAUGAUUGGUAGUAUCGAUUGUAUGCAUUGGGAGUGGGAGAAAUGCCCUACAAGUUGGCACGGUCAAU